AAAAAACAAUCUUCUACAAAUGUCACUUCUUGACAUGACCUCCCCCCUACAUUUCCUCUCAUGGCUUCAUGGGUAAAAGAGCUUCAUUUACCCAACCUUCAUAUCCCUAUAACCGUUGAUCGAAUACUUCCAGUUGCUCCUUCCAAACCUAUUCCCAGCAACACCCUUUAUCUCUCAAACCUUGAUGACAUAAUUGGAGCUCGAGUGUUCACCCCAACUGUAUAUUUUUAUCAAACAAAAGAUUUGAAUUCUAAUCAAGACCUUGUUGUUAAAAUAUUGCGAGAUGCACUUGCCAAAGUGUUAGUUCCUUACUAUCCUUUCUCUGGUCGGUUAAGGGAGGUCGAGAAUGGAAAGCUAGAAGUGUUUUUUGGGCCAAACCAAGGUGCACUCAUAGUUCAAGCACGCACUAAAAUGGCUUUAGAUGAGUUAGGUGAUCUGGCCGUGCCAAAUCCAGCAUGGUUACCAUUGAUCUACCGAUUUCCUAAUGAAGAGUCAUACAAGAUUCUUGACAUGCCAUUACUUAUAGCACAAGUCACUCUUUUUAGAUGCGGUGGCUUUAGCCUUGGCUUAAGGCUUUGCCAUUGCAUAUGUGACGGAUUUGGUGCAAUGCAAUUUGUUGGAGCAUGGGCUGCCACAGCAAAAACAGGGACACUAAUAACAAACCCGAAGCCAUGUUGGGAUAGAGAAUUCUUUAAGCCUCGUAAGCCGCCAGUUGUGAAAUAUCCUCAUGUUGAAUUUAUGCCAAUUGAUGAAGGUUCAAACUUGACAAUGUCUUUAUGGGAAGCCAAGCCCGUACAAAAAUGUUACCAAAUCAGUCGUGAGUUUCAAAUUAAAUUAAAAACACUUGCUCAAUCAGACAAUUCAUUUAUAUGCACUACUUUUGAUGCCAUGGCAGCUCAUGUAUGGAGAUCAUGGGUUAAGGCACUUGAUGUCCAACCACCAAACUAUCAACUUAGACUUACAUUUUCUGUCAAUGCCAGGCCAAAGCUCAAGAAUCCAGCUCUUGAACAAGGAUUCUACGGCAAUGUGGUGUGUGUGGCAUGUGCAAUGACCACUGUUCAUAAUCUUAUAAAUGCUGCUGGCCUCGCAGAUAUCACUCGAUUAGUUCGCGAAGCUAGGCUAAGCAUAUCGGAAGAGUACUUAAGAUCUACAGUGGAUUAUGUUGAGAGAAACAGGCCUAGAAGGCUUGAAUUUGGUGGGAAAUUGACAAUAACUCAAUGGACAAGGUUCUCAAUCUAUGAAUCUGCUGAUUUUGGAUGGGGAAGACCAAUUUAUGCUGGUCCUGUGGAUAUAACUCCUACCCCACAAGUUUGUGUAUUUUUGCCACAAGGAGAUACUGAUCCUAGUGGAACAAUUGUGGUAUGCAUUUGCUUGCCUGAUUAUGCCAUUACUAGAUUUACAGAGAUCUUGUCUUUAAAAGAUACGAGUCAUUAGAUAGAUUUCUGCCAUAAUAUUAUGGUCGUGAAA